CCCGCCUCUCUGCUUUUAGAGAAGUUCUCCUACCCCCGGCAGGGAAAGGGACUAGGCAGGUAGGGGCAGUAGAGAUUAGACCCACCCAGCAGCACCCCUUCAUUCUGCUUCGGGGCCUCUGCUCCCAGGCUACUUCCGGGAUCCUCUGAGAAUCCAGGGUUUGUACCUCACAAGUUCCAGCAGUGGUCCCUCCCCACAGUCCUCACUGACUUCACCUUUUGCCACUUCUUCCCUCCUCUCUCCCUGACCGAGGAAACUCCUGCCUUUAAGGGCCUUGUUGUAUUCCCUCGUGGUGGCCUCUUCCCCUUCACUGAUUUUCUCCCCCUGUCCUCCCCAUGGUACCACCAUGAAUGGCACUGUUGAGGGAGGCAGUGGGGCAGGGGGACCAGGCCCUGGGCUUGGUGAAGGGUUUGAUUCAGGGGGAUCCCAAUCCCCUGGGCCCCCCGAACACAGAGCCUGCCCUGGUCCUGGCCUCGCGGAUGAUACAGAUGCAAACAGCAAUGGUUCGAGUGGCAAUGAGUCCAAUGGACCGGAGUCCCAGGGUACUUCCCAGCAUAGUUCUCACAGCUCUUCUUCAGGCCAUGGGAAGGACUCUGCUCUGCUGGAGACGACAGAGAGCAGCAAGAGCACCAACUCUCAGAGCCCAUCCCCUCCAAGCAGCUCCAUUGCCUAUAGCCUCCUGAGUGCCAGCUCUGAGCAGGAUAACCCAUCAACUAGUGGCUGCAGCAGUGAACAGUCAGCCCGAGCACGAACACAGAAGGAGCUGAUGACUGCCCUCCGAGAGCUGAAACGCAGACUUCCACCAGAACGCCGAGGGAAAGGCCGAUCGGGGACUUUGGCCACCCUGCAAUAUGCCCUUGCCUGUGUUAAACAAGUCCAGGCCAAGCAAGAUUACUACCAGCAGUGGAGCUUGGAGGAAGGACAGCCUUGUUCCAUGGACAUGUCUAGCUAUACCUUGGAGGAGUUAGAACACAUCACGUCUGAGUAUACGCUUCGCAAUCAGGAUACUUUCUCCGUGGCUGUCUCUUUUCUCACUGGCCGGAUUGUCUACAUUUCGGAUCAAGCAGCUGUUCUUCUACGCUGUAAGAGAGAAGUCUUCCGGGGUGCCCGAUUCUCAGAGUUCUUGGCCCCCCAGGAUGUGGGUGUCUUCUAUGGCUCCACUGCCCCCUCUCGCCUGCCCACGUGGGGUUCCCGGGCCUCUGCCGGUUCAGGCCCCAUGGAUUUCACACAGGAGAAAUCAGUCUUUUGCAGGAUCAGAGGUGGCCCAGAUAGGGAACCAAGUGCCCGAUACCAGCCAUUUCGACUGACCCCCUAUGUGACUAAAAUCCAGCUUUCAGAUGGAGCCCCAGCGCAGCCAUGCUGUCUGCUAAUUGCUGAACGCAUCCACUCUGGCUAUGAGGCUCCCAGGAUUCCCCCAGACAAGAGGAUCUUCACGACACGGCACACACCUAGCUGUCUGUUCCAAGAUGUAGAUGAGAGGGCUGCCCCAUUGCUGGGAUACUUGCCCCAGGACCUGCUGGGGGCACCAGUGCUCCUUUUCUUACACCCUGAAGACCGACCUCUCAUGUUGGCAAUCCACAAGAAGAUUUUGCAGCUAUCUGGCCAACCUUUUGACCACUCCCCUAUCCGCUUCUGUGCCCGAAAUGGGGAAUAUGUCACCAUGGACACCAGUUGGGCUGGCUUUGUCCAUCCUUGGAGCCGAAAAGUGGCCUUUGUUUUGGGUCGACACAAAGUUCGAACGGCUCCCCUAAAUGAGGAUGUAUUCACUCCACCAGCCCCUGUCCCAGUCCCCUCAAGAGCUAUGGACCCAGACAUCCAGGAGCUCUCAGAACAGAUCCACCGACUGCUGCUACAGCCAGUCCACAGUAUGAGUCCCACAGGGAUGUGUGGAUUAGGCCCUCCAACCUCUCCAGGUCCCUUUCUAAGCCCUGGCUCAUCCAGCGACAGCAAUGGUGGAGACACUGAUCAUCCUGGGCCCCCUGCUCCAGUGACAUUCCAGCAGAUCUGUAAAGAUGUGCAUCUUGUGAAGCACCAGGGUCAACAGCUUUUCAUUGAUUCUCGGUCCCAACCCAACUGGGCCCCAUGCACAGCCCCAGAUACUUUCAAGACCAGGGACCUCCCGGGCAGACCCUUGGAACCAGGCCCUGGCUCGAACCAGGUUCCACCUCUUGCGGUCAGUACUACCCCUGAGGAUUCAGAGAGAAAAGAGCCAUCCAGUUGUUCCUACCAGCAGAUCAAUUGCCUGGACAGCAUCAUCCGUUACCUGGAGAGCUGUAAUGUCCCCAACACAGUGAAGAGGAAAUGUGCCUUCUCAUCCCACACAGCAUCUUCCACAUCUGAUGAUGACAGACAGAAGGCAGGCCAGGGUUCUGGAGUGCCCAAGAAAGAUCCACCAGAAGAGCUGUCUCAGGAGGGGGCCCCCCUCCAGAAGGAGCCAGUGGUGGGAGGUCCACUGACCCCACUCACCCUAGCCAAUAAGGCGGAGAGUGUGGUAUCCAUCACCAGUCAGUGUAGCUUCAGCUCUACUAUCGUCCAUGUAGGAGACAAGAAGCCCCCGGAGUCGGAUAUUGUCAUGAUGGAGGAGCUGCCUGGCCUGACCUCUGGUCCAGCUCCCAGCCCCACAAUGGCUGCUCCUGACCCCACUCCUGAUGCCUACCGCCCCGUGGGAUUGACCAAAGCUGUGCUGUCGCUUCAUACACAGAAGGAGGAACAAGCCUUCCUCACCCGAUUUCGGGAUCUCAGCAGACUCCGUGUCUUUGACAGCCCUUCCAUGGGGCCUUCACCCCGGGUUGAUCGAGGCUGCUGCCAUGGUCCCACUCCUCCUGGCCGUCGCCACCAUGGCAAAUCAAAAGCCAAACGUUCUAGGCACCAUCAGCUUCCUCUGACUGAGGCUCCUGGCUAUACCUCUCAUCCUUCCCCAACACCUCCCACCACUCCAUGGCCCUCUCAACCCAACCCACCCACAUCUGCUGCUUUCCCAACAGUGGUGCAAACCUAUCCCCUCCCCAUUUUUUCAACCAGAGGUUGCCCCCAACCUUCAGUUCCUACGCCAUCUCCUUCACCUUUUUCUUCCCCCUUGGUAGCCCCUAUGGUGGCCUUAGUCCUACCCAACUAUUUGUUCCCUUCUCCCCCCACCAGUUACCCCUGUGGGGUUCCUCAGGCUCUGUCAGAUAGGCCUCUUGCCCCAGCACCCUGUUCACCUUCCCCAACUUUACCUCCUAUGCCACCUAGCCCUCCCCAAUGCCCUGAUUCACCCCUGUUCAACUCACGGUGCAGUUCCCCACUCCAGCUGAAUCUGCUUCAGCUUGAGGAGACUGCCCGGGGAGAAGGGGGAGCAACAGUUGGGGAGCCCGGGAGUAAUCCCAGACCACCCCCUCCAGGAGAGGAGGCUACACGGCCAGAAGCUGGACUGGUGGAGAUGAACGAAUCCUCUAAUCAGGAUGCACUGUCAGGCUCCAGUGACCUCUUGGAGCUGUUGCUCCAGGAGGACUCCAGAUCUGGCACCGGCUCAGCUGCAUCGGGCUCCCUGGCUUCUGGCUCUGGCUCCCGUGGUGGGAGCACCUCAGCCAGCAUCACUCGCAGCAGCCAGAGCAGCCACACCAGCAAGUACUUUGGGAGCAUAGACUCCUCUGAGGCUGAGCCAACAGGGACCCAGGUUGGGGUGGACCCAGGGGCAGGACCUGGGGAACAGGUCAUUAAGUAUGUUCUGCAGGAUCCCAUCUGGCUACUCAUGGCUAAUGCUGACCAUAGGGUCAUGAUGACUUAUCAAGUGCCGUCUAGGGAUAUGGCUUCAGUUUUGCAACGGGACCGAGAGAGGCUUCGGGCCAUGCAAAAACAACAGCCUCGGUUUUCAGAAGAGCAACGUAGGGAGCUGGGUGCUGUGCAUGCCUGGGUGCGUAAGGGCCAGCUGCCCCAGGCCCUGGAUGUGAUGGCUUGUGUGGAUUGUGGUAGCAGCACUCCAGAUCCUCAGUACCCAGAUGACACACUUUUCCCUGAGAUGGAUGGACUGGGGCUAGAGCCAAUGGAAGAGGAUGGGGGUGGGGCUUCCCCAGACACAGCCAUGGAUGAAGAGGAGCAAGGUGGGGAGACAUCUACUUCCGAAUUACCUGCUCCGAAAACCACCAGCUAAACACUCAUCUCGGGGCCACUGAGAGUGUCCUGGUCUUACCUCUGUCAUUGAGAUAGGGGAAGGAACAAAUGAAACGCUUCAUCCUCAAGACAACAACGAAUUUCAAUUUUGAGAUUUGCUUCUGCCUUUCAGGAAGCCAGGGAUAGGUACCCCUGAAUAUUGGCCCUUUCUAAUUAAACAAUCACAGUCCUGCCUCUUCCUUAGGGACAACUGAGGGCUUUUUAGGGACCAGCCAGAAAUAUUGUCUCCCUCUUCAUCUUAUUGGAGACAAUUCCACCAACAAAAGAAUGAAUCCUGCUUAAAAAGUAGGAUAUUUUUCUAAAUUCCAGCUGAGCAGGAAUACUGAUUGCUGCUUCAGAUGUGGGAAUUCUAAUAAUACUUAUUUAUUCGGGAACUCUCUUUGUCUUCUCAAAGGCCUGCUUCCCUCCCACCCCCUACUUGGAGAGGGGGGAAGGGAGAGGUUGGGCAUAGGCCCAAGCAGGACCUCGGUAUCCAGAUCCCUAGCUCUCUUGGGUUGGGGAAAGUAGAGGACUAUGGGUCCCUGGUGCUGCCGCCCUAUAGGGCGGGACCCAGGUGUCUUCAUCUGUGCCCCACUCCCCUUAGUGUAUUUUUGUGUUUUUGAUAGUCAUGUCUGUCUCUUUUGAUAUAAAAUGGAAAACCUGUAA